GAUUUGUAGCUUUGAAGACCUUAGAGUUCAAAACACCAUCAUUUAAGCCUAAAGACAUUGAUGUUCUCUUUACAGCCAUAUCCGCAGUGACUGUUUCAAGCAUGUCAACACUUGACAUGGAAGUAUUCUCAAAUACCCAACUCAUAGUUUUGAUGUUUCUCAUGUUCAUGGGAGGCGAAAUUUUCGUUUCUAUGUUGGGACUUCAGUUCCGGAAGUUCAAAAUCAAAAGUAGAAUGAUUAAUCUUGGUUCUAAUUCAAAUUCUGAUUCCACGGUUCGUUCCCUUGAGUGUACUAUUGAGUUGGGUGUAAACUCAAAUGAUUUAGAACCUACUCAAAGUAAAUCUUUUGAUCAAAAAUAUUUGAUGCAUGAAGCAAUUAAAAGUUUGGGGAAUGUAGUCUUGUGCUACAUUCUUGUUGUCCACUUCAUUGGUUAUAUCUUGACUUACAUGUAUAUAACCUUUAGUCCUAGUUCUAAAAGCAUACUCAUAAACAAAGGGUUAAGUAGAAACACCUUUAGCCUUUUCACCACUGUCUCCACAUUUGCAAACUGUGGUUUCAUUCCCACAAAUGAAAACAUGAUGGUUUUCAAGAAACACUCUGGUCUGCUCUUGAUUCUGAUUGGACAGAUUCUUCUUGGAAGCACUUUAUAUCCGGUAGUGCUUCAGGCUGUAAUCUUGCUUCUGGAGAAGAUAACAAAGAGGGUUGAGUUGGGUCACAUGUUGAAAUACUCUAAGGAGAUGAAUUAUGAUCAAUUGUUGCCAAAGGUGCAAUCGUUGUACUUGGGUAUGACGGUUUUUGGGUUGAUUUUGGUUCAAUUCAUAGUGUUUUGUUGUUUGGAGUGGCAUAAUAUGGACGGACUUGAUGGUUAUGAGAAGGUGGUUGGGUCUAUUUUUCAAGUUGUGAACACGAGAUAUGCUGGUGAGACUGUUUUUGAUCUUUCAAAGGUUUCACCUGCGAUCUUGUUGGGCUUCAUAGUUAUGAUGUACCUUCCUUCAUCAACAACAUAUUUGCCAGUCCAAGAUCAGGAAAACAGCCAAAGAAGUGAUCAAAAGAAGAGUUUUGUGGAGUGUUUUCUAUUUUCACAACUCUCUUAUUUGAUCAUGUUUACAAUUUCCGUUUGUUUAACCGAAAGAAAAAAGAUGGAAGUCGAUCCCAUCAACUUCAGUGUGAUUAACAUCGCUUUUGAAGUGUUCAGUGCAUAUGGAAAUGUUGGAUUGUCUACGGGUUAUAGUUGUCAACACCAAAUCAAACCUGAUGAGCAUUGCAAAGAUGAAUUGUAUGGAUUUGUAGGAAGAUGGAGCAACAAUGGGAAAUGUUUGCUUAUUCUGGUGAUGUUUUUCGGAAGACUCAAGAAUUUCAACAAGAACGGUGGUCGAUUCUGGAAGCUCUCAUAG